AUGCGGAAAUUAAAGGGUGAACAAAGACGAACAGAAAUAUGUAACCGGCACGUGGCGCGGCCCGUCCCUUCGUCAGCUAUAGCGUGGCCUUAUAGAUGGUUGUUUGCGCUCACAGAGUGCGGUGAACAGCGCUCACCGGCGGCGUGGUGGUGUGCGCGUGUGCGGACGGGCGGCGCACACUGUCGCGCGCACGCACACUCGCCAACGUGUACGGAUGUCUGGCAGGAGCUGGAUGCGAGAAGCCCAAAAUCGAUCUAA